AUGGUGGAGUUGAGCACAGACUGGACGCAGCUGGAAGUGAUCGACCUCAUCAAUGACGGCAGUGGCUUGGGCUUCGGCAUCAUCGGUGGCCGCAGUACCGGGGUGGUGGUCAAGACCAUCUUGCCGGGGGGCAUCGCCGACAAGGGUGUGUUGCUCGGGUUGUGGUCUCUCUCUGUCCUCGUCUUGACCGCCACGUACACAGGAAACCUGACCGCAGGCCUGGUCAACCCUCAGACUUCAGUUCGUCUGCGAACCAUUCGUGACGUCAAAGAGAGUGGUGUGUACACCUGGGGUUCAUACUCUGAAAUGGGAGCAUACGACGUACUGCUUCAACUUCCCGACCAAGAAUUUGCCAGUGGCAUUCGAGCUUUUUCGGAAAAGUUCCCAACAGUUAGCGGAAGUGUCGAUGCCCUUGUGAAGAGGAUGAAGAAAGAAAAACUCAACUUGACACGUCUGCAUCGGCGAUGGCUAAACCGCCAGUGGAACAGAGUGAUGUUUUCUGACGAGUCCAGAUUUCUUUUGGAUCACCACGAUGGACGGCAGAAAGUCUGUCAGAGACGUCAUGAACGUUAUUUACCUCAGUGUGUCAGUGCUGUUGCUGACAAACGUAGCAUUAUGGAUAUUCAAGAACAGACAAUGUUUGAGCUACUUAAUCGUCUGACACUCUUGUUAUCGUUCGUGAUAACGGGCGUUCUGUCACAAGGCAUCAAUCUCGGAGGUGGGGGCGGGGCCGUUAAUUUAGGGGGCGGGUCCCCAGGAACUGGAAGCGGGCUUAGUCUAGGCGGGGUGCCAGGGGGUGAUGCUGUCAAUUUAGGCGGGGGUGGAGCUACCGGAGGCGCUCCGACAGGAGGUUUCAACCCAAAUCUCAACCUCAAUCCUAACCCCAACCCUAAUCCCAACCCCAGCCCCGGCGCAAAUGCUGGCGGGAAUGCAAUCACAUUUCCAGAGGCGCCCUCUGCCGGGGGCGGCAUAACAGUGGACUCGAGUGGCACUGUAAACCCUGAUCAAGGUACACCUGGAGGGAACUUGAACCCCGGGACAAACGGUAACUCCAACACCAACAGUAACAAUAACAACAAUAAUAAUAACAAUAACAACAACAAUGGACAAGAUGGUUUCGGAAAUAUACCUUUCCCAGAUUUUGCCAACAAUUUUGGUAGCAUAGGAAGUAAUUUCCCUUCCCUGCCAAGCAACGGCGACUUCGGUAGUGGUGCCACCAACUUUCCCAACUUUGGUAGUAGCACGAGCGGCGGUAACCCUAGCAAUGCCAACAGCAACAACGCUAACAACAACAACAACAACAACAAUCCACAAACUGGAAGCGGCAGCUUUCCGAAUUUAGGGUUUGACUUUGGAGGAUCCUUCAACUUCCCGAGUAAUUUUCCAUCCUCUGGAAAUUUUCCCGGCCCGAACACCUUCCCUGGAACAGGUUCUGGAAAUUUCCCAGGGACCGGAACAAAUACUUUUCCAGGAACCGGAACUAACACCUUUCCAGGAACAGGGAACAACAACUUUCCUGGUACAGGCACAAACACUUUCCCUGGAACAGGAAGUAACGGUUUUCCUGGAAACGGUGAUUUGACCUUCCCAACUUUUCCUGGAGGCAACGGCGGCCCUAAUUACGGGCGAAACACCUGCCAAACUCCCACCACGAGUGGGGGACCGUUCCAAAUGUCGAGUGUGCCGAUAUCUGCCAACGUGGCAUCGGGCAUACAAGCUGAGGCUGUGAACAGGGCAGAAGUGCAGGGAUUGGUUCAAUUCUUCAGCACCACCGUCGGAAGCCCGUUCUCUAUACCAGAAGAAAAAAACAAUAUGUAUGCAUGUCCAGCCAACUACUCAGUUCUGACAAAGUUGGUAACUCCGGAGAACGUGGAAUGCUGGGUUCUACCCCCUCCGUAUCAGGACCAGGUCACUUAUGCAACCUGCAGGUGUUCCAACUGCCAGGAGGGCAUCAUGUCUCGUUUCUCGGGACCCAACGCUUGCAAGCCUCAGCUGACCCAGAUGAAUCUAGUUGUAUUCUGUCCACUCCGCCAGCCGGCCAGAAUAAUUCCUUUGCGUGCGCAGAUCCCAACGUCUUGUCGCUGCCACAGACCACUGACCAAUAACAACAACAGCGAAUUUGGCCUAAAGUAAAGUCCAGAUCCCCGGUCUCAAGAUGUAUAGAUAUACAAACAUGCUUCCAAUCUGGCCUGAAGGAGAAGGAGAAAGUAUAGACAUUUAUUAUGUAUGUUGUGUACUUUGUGCUAUACAUUUAGGACCCAGAGGCCAAUGCCAUGCAAAUCCCCAAUACUAACUACUCACAGCAGAAAAAGAUAUUUUUUUAAACAGUGGUAUCUCCGGUACAGAUAUGGACAAAUUAUAGCCAGCAAGCGGUUUCAGUCUAUUCCGUGAGUCAACCCAGUUAAUAAUUAAUGUAGCUUGUGGUUAGUUGAUAUUUCAUUUAUAAAAAAUUAAUUUAAAAAAUACAGAUAAAAUAAAAUAAACGUCAACAAUUUAAUUUCAUGAAGGUAAAUCAAGCGAUUUCCCUUCCUUUCCCCCAAGAAACUCUUUUUAAUACACACAAAAAGACUCAUAGUCAUACAACCCAACAAACAAAUAAUUAUAUCGUUCUGGAGAAGACUGUGAGAAAAGCUACGAUGUAAACUUUUUUUAAUCAAACAAGAAAACAAACUUGCCCAAAUCCAAAAUCAUUGGAACAUACACUAACGUUUGUUCAAGUGUUACACCUUUAUCGUAAUAAUAUGAAAAUAUUGUCUGACAUUAGCAAUACCCAACAUCUUUUGCCUCUCUACAUGUUAUAUUUCUCAACGUUCGUCCCUUUGGUGGCCUUAAACUUCCGAAUCACUUAACUUUCGAAUUUGAAAAAAUUAAAUGUGGUUCGGAAUCAUUAAAAGGGUGCACAGU